CGCCGCCGGCGCGCCGCCACUUCCCCGCGACACGGCCGGCCUCCGGUCGCCGGAAUCGGUUGCGCGCGCCACGAGCAGCAGCGCAGGAGGCAGGCGGGCUGCCGGGGAGGAGGAGAGCAGGGUGGUAAGGCUCCAUCCCCCCCUGACUGGUUUCACCCUGGCAGCUACCCCAAUGAGGAGUUGCGCUUCUUCUUCUCUCUGUGGAAUUUCUAGAGUUGCUUGGAGGAGGCACGCGGUGGCCGGAGCCGGAGGAGCUCUGGGCCAGCAGCCGCACCUGCGCUACCUGGUGCCCAGGCCUCCCGCGCCGCCGCCCAUUGGCCUUGCUCUCGGGCGCUACUUCUCCUCUUCAUCCCGACGCUCCGCCAAGAGAUCCGCCGCGGCGAAGCAGAGUAGCCAGCCGCCGCCGCCGACGCCGACGCCGAUGGACGGUGGUGCCGGAGGUGAGCCGUUCUAUGUCGUCCGCAAGGGGGACGUCAUCGGCAUCUACAAGAGCCUCAGCGAUUGCCAAGCUCAAGUCAGCAACUCGGUAUGUGAUCCUUCUGUGACGGUGUACAAAGGUUACUCUUUGCAUAAAGAAACAGAAGAAUACCUCGCUGCACGGGGUUUGAGGCAUCCUCUUUACGCCAUUAACGCAGCAGAUGCAAGAGAUGAAUUAUUUGAUGGCCUAGUUCCAUGCCCUUUUCAGCAACCUGAUGGUACUGGGACUUCAACUUUAAAAAGGCCACUAGAGAUGGAACCCGGACCGUCAAAGAAACAGCCCAAAGUUGUCGAACAAGAGCCAUUACCUGAUAGUUCUCUGUCCUGUCUUCUUGAAUUUGAUGGUGCUUCUAAAGGAAAUCCUGGGAAAGCAGGUGCUGGAGCUGUAAUAAGACGACUAGAUGGAACUGUGAUUGCUCAACUACGGGAGGGUUUGGGUAUCGCAACCAACAAUGCUGCUGAAUACCGUGCAUUGAUCCUAGGGCUAAGAUAUGCUGCCAAGAAAGGAUUCAAGUAUAUCCGUGCUCAAGGAGAUUCUAAGCUUGUCUGUAACCAGGUCCAAGAUGUCUGGCGUGCUAGGCAUGAUACUAUGGCUGACUUGUGCAAAAAGGUUAAGGAAAUUAAGGGAAGAUUUCAUACAUUUCAAAUCAACCAUGUUUUGAGGGAAUUUAACACGGAUGCUGAUGCUCAGGCUAACUUAGCUGUUGAACUUCCUGUUGGCGAAAUUCAAGAGCAGGCAAACUUUCCAUGACCAAGUGAUUGUGCUUGAGUGCAACUUGUGCAUUGCACCGUUUUAUUUCCAGUUGACUCAGACCCAAUGACUCGAAUGUAGGAGCAGGUGUCACCAAAUUUACAGUUGGCCAGCGUUGUUACUGGCCUGAACUGCGAUGCUGACAUGGAAAUUUCAGUGGGAGGGAAGUCUCUAAAUUUCUGGUUAGUGGCAUAGUGCUGAAUGAACUGGAGGCUAGCAAUUAAGCUUGUUCCCAGCAACAAUACUGUGUAACUGUCAACUGUUUUUGAGCCAGUAUGAGGUGAUGCAGUGAGUA